CUGCUUCGCCCCCACUUGAGUCUGCCUCUACCCCUGAAAGGAGGCCAUAAGGAAGGCAGUGACAAUGUGGUUGCUGAGCACUUUCAUCCUGGUGGCUGGUGUUUCUUGCGGUUCUGCACAAGUCUUACAGCAAAGUCCCAUAUCCAUCACCAAGCCAGAAAGGAAAACAGUGCUAAUCAACUGUCAUGUCUCCAAUCCUGAUUUUAACAACAUUUUCAUUCACUGGUACCAAAAGAGGCCCAAUGCAGCUCUGAAACGCAUUGCCUACAUUUCCACCAGGCUCUUCCUUGAAGAGAAGUCUGAUGAGGGAAAAUUUAGUGUCGAGAAGGACCUCACUAAAUCUGUCUGCACCCUGACCGUGAGCAAGGUAACUCUGCAAGACUCUGCUACCUACUACUGUGCUACGUGGGAUGCUGAUGUCAAAAUAUUUGGAAGUGGGACUAAGCUUAUUGUUUCAGAUAAGAGAAAUUCUCUACCAGCAAGCUCUGAAAUCCUGCAGAAGAAACAUAAAAAUACGAUAACGUAUGUUUGCCUUAUUGAGAAAUUCUACCCAGAAGUCAUUCGGGUGACAUGGUCAGAUGGAAAGAAGGAGAUAACAGAAAACGUAGUAAAAGGAGAUGCUUGGAAGCCCGAAAAAGAGGAUAAAUACUCAAUUGGCAGCUGGUUAACUGUACCAGCAAAGAACAAAGACAAGAUCUAUUACUGCAAUUACGAGCAUGAAAGUGGUCAGAAUUUACUGCAUACAGAAGGUCCUUCUCAGAAAGAGGACUGCAGCAUGUAUCUUAAAAAUGGCACAACUUUCAAUAGAGAUCACAUAUUGCACAGGACAGCGUAUUUAGUAUACAUCGUCCUUCUUCUGAAAAGCUCCAUGUACUAUCUCAUCGUACUCUUCUUCAUCUACAGAGUGUGGGCUUCAACCAAGCAACAAGGAAAGAAAGCAUAAAUGCUGGUUUCGGAAAGGCUUACAAAAUUAUUUUCACUUUGCUAUGCUAUAUACUUAUCCGUAUAAACUGCCUUGCUUUCAGUGUUAGAUGUAACAACAAAAAAAAAUCCCAAAAUAAUAUUCUGACAUUACUGCAUAGGGAUUGUUUUGCUUUACUGCUGUGUAAAAAAAAAAGUGGGUUUAUAGUGGUCUUUUUUUCUAAUUUUUCGAAGUAUUUAAUUGAGGAGGGCAAUAGGAGUAAGGUUGCAUACCCUGGAUUUGAAUCCAAUGUCCAUACUGCAAAAUAAGGAAGGUACUCCUGCUAAAAGCAGCUAUGCAUGCAGAAGUUUGGAGGUGUAACAGGGCUUUUGACAUAAAAAGCACAGAUAUAUUUUGUCAUUGUACUUAAGGAUUAAUUGGAGUGUUGCUGUGCUGUAAAUUCACAGGUAUUUUUUCAUUUUUACUUUCGAUAUUUUAUUACAACUCUCACGUAUCCAUCAAAUCAGGACUUAAAUAUUCUGAAGUGAUGUGUGCUUUAAGAGUCAAUUAAAUACAGUUUUAAAAAGCUAACAUAAUAUUUUUGAGUUAAGAACUUAGAGAAGCAUAAAAGGUGCACACAUACAGAAAUGGAAGAAAUCCACCAGGCACCACCCCAGCCCUGUGACACAGACUGAGAAGAAAGAAAAAAUGUAAUGAUCUCGAACCUCAUCUUGUUUGGAGAUCUAUUUUUGAGUUGAGCAAAAUCUUAAAUCUGAACUUCUGCUAGAGAAAAUGUUUUCACAAUAGAGGAAAAAAACUCAGAUGUUGGACUUCGGACUCAUCGUCUCCAAGUUCCACAAAUUAGUUUUUUUCAAAUUUCUGUGAAUAAUUGGAAGUAGACAUAUUGGGGUAAAGCAUUUGAUCGGUUUGGGUCAAAACACUGCCCCAAAUUGAUAGAUUAGAGCUAUGCGCCUGCAGCAUUCAGACUUAUUGUAUCUGUAAUGAUGUAGAGAGCAACAAAAGCUUUCCUCCACAAGCAUUUGUGUUUAUUUUCCAGCAUUUCCACAGCAUGAACCAAUAUGAUUAGAAAACCUGAUUCAUUUAUCUGUUCAUAUAAAGUCCUCAGGAAAUCAAAGAUGCUUAAAACUAUCAGUUUUCUGCUUUUCAAUGUGUUAUAUAGGAAUGCUUUACACAGAACAAUAAAAUUUAGCUCAUUACAUCUUUUCUGUCAAAGACCUGAGCCAGCUGGGGGAAAUACAGUACUGUCACAACAGGACUGCCUACUAAGGCUCACACCAUCACAAGGGAAGGAGAACAGAAGCCAGGCUCAGUUCUAACAACUGCAGCUAUUUUAACAACAGCACACAUUACAAGCUAUUUUACAAUCUGCGUACUGAAGCUAAUGCAACUAAUUACUGCCUUCAAUGUCAUGUUAGUCUUCGAUGCAAAGACAGAUGUGGUCUAGUCUUUAGUCAAACGUUCCUUGAGAAACAGCUGAUGUCCCAUGCUAUUAUUUGUUAAAGCUCUAAUUAUAGUGAA